GUAUAAAUACAAGUUGUAACAUAAGAUUUUGACUUUUUCAUAUUAACCAUGGGUAACACCUCCAGUAAAGAAAAGAGUAAAGGAAUGAGUAAAAUUCAGUUUGGAAAGAGAGUUCUUUCAGGGAAAGAUAUAGACAGAGGUAUACCAGUUAAAAUAAAAAAAGAUGGCACUAUUGAGAUCAUUUCUCAACAAGAAUAUAAUCAAUUAAGUCCAGAGAAGGGUGAUCCUAAUGUUGUCAGAGAUUACAUAGAAAGACCCUUGAUUGCAGAAGAAGCCAAUGAGGAAUAUAACCAUUUAUUACCAAAAGAGGCCCACAAAACCAUUGGAGAAGAUACAAGGAUUAAUGGAGGAAGUCCAAACUGAAUUCUUGGAGGACAUUAAGGCUUAUUAUGAGAGUAACUUUUCCAGUAUUUGUUUAUUACAAAAUUAUGUAUUCUAAUAAAAAAAAAAAGUUUUCACUUUCAUUUGUUGUGCCUUAGACCAUUUAA